AAAAAAAGCAAAACAUUGCCAUUGUGAUUGAAUUCCCUGUUGUCUAAAAUGUGCUGUUGUCUCUUCGCUGUCCUCUUCACUUCAUCCGCCCGCGGACGAUAUACUCUUUCCCUCUCUCGUUUGUUUUUCUUCUCGACCGAGCCGUUGCCACUAUUCUAAUCCUAACAUUUCCUUCAAAUCUCAGCGACUGUCGAAGUCGUCGUGUGAUCAGUGAAGUUCCAGCCUAAAGUACCGAUUUUGGUUUCUCUCUCUCACUGUGGAAGUACCAAUUGGGUGUCAUCUUGCCUUGGGAUUCUAGGCUUGGAAGAUUCAGGUAUGGGUUUACCCAAACCCAAUGAGGCCUCUACUUCAAAGGAGACUAUGGACACUACCUCAAGUGGGGUUAAGAGGAAACGUGGGAUAACAAGUAUGCAUCGCAUAGUGAAGAAUAAAAAUACUGGUAAGAAAUUAGUAGUGGAGUAUACCCCAAAGGGCAAACCAUAUGGGAAGGUAGCAUCAGAAUUGGCUUCUUACAUUGGGGUGUUGGCACGUACCACAGUCCCCAUCAGUGUUGAAAGCUGGCCUAAGGUGGAAAAGGAUUUGAAAAAUAAAAUUUGGGAAUCCGUAGAGGCGGCAUUUGUCUUAGCCCCUAAAAGCAGAAAAAUGGUGUUGACCUCUGCAUCCAAUAGAUGGAGGCAAUUCAAGAGUGACCUAACAAGAAAAUAUAUUAUGCCAUUUAAAGAUGAGGCUGAAGCCUUAAAAAACCCACCAGAAGACUAUGGUUUCAUUAAGCAACAACAUUGGCAGCAAUUUGUAAAUGGCCGUUUAACCAAAGAAUUUCAGAAACUUCAUAAUGAACAGAAAGAAAGGAGGGCAAAGUUUCAGCAACCUCAUAGAAUGUCAAGAAAAGGAUAUGUGGGCUUGGAGGCAGAAUCAGGGAAAACUAUGCCUGAGGAUGAACUUGAUGGGUCUCUACUUUGCAAGAAAGCACGUAUGGAUAGAAAAGGGCAGGCUGCAAAAAUUGACCUUUUGACGAAAGAACAUUCUGAACAUUCUGACCAUUCUGAACAUGCAGAGUAUGCUGAAUGCGGAGAACAUUCUGAGCACACAGAACAGUCUGAACAUGCAGAACCUUCUGAACAUGCAGAACAUUCUGAGCAUUCAGAACAUCCAGAACAUUCUGAGCAUCCAGAACAUUCUGAACAUGAAGAACAUUCUGAACAUUUUGAUGUCAGUCUCUCCUCUAAAAAUAACGAUGUCCUGACAAUGGCGUUGGGAGCUCCUGAAGAUUCUGGUAGGGUUAGAGGUGUGGGAGGCUUUUUCAAGCCAAAUGUUCCACAGGCUCAGUUUGAUAGGGAAGAUAUUCUGGAUGAGGUCAGGAAGAUGAUUGAGCAGCAGCAGGCCUGGUAUGAAGCAAAGAUUGCUGAGUUAGAGGCAAAGAUCAAUGGUAAUAUCUGGACGACACCUAUCUCACUUUCAACUCCAGUUCCCAACCGUUCCGAGAAGGCAAGCUGUUCUGGGAAGAAAAAAAAUGUCUUGGAGGAUAAUGCAAUUAAUUUUGAGGAAUUGACAUUUGUGGGUAAAAGAGACACCAUCAAGAAACGUCGAAAGACGGCAGCCAAACCUCAAGGUUUACCAAAACAAGACGUGAACCUGCCCAAGUCCCUUAAGCUCCUAUAUCGUUAUGCAGAGCGUGCCAUGCUGGAUGGCGAAACUAUCAGUAUUGAUAUGGAGGAAGCAGUAUUUGGUGUUGCCAAGACUGUACACGUUUCCCAAGAAGAUGUAAUGCAGUUUAUGGAAAUGAAGGAAAUCUCAGCCACAUGCAUAAUUGUUUACAUGAGGCACCUCUAUGAUAAGCUAAACCAAUCAAACAUGGUUGAUUUGGUUGGUUUGACUGACCCUUCAAGCAUCUCAGUUGGGGCAGGCGAUUCCGACCAAAAAUCACGAGUGAUAGCAGGCCGGUUACAGAAAGGGUCUGCUGACCAAAUACUUUUGGUUCCUUACAAUUCUGGUUAUCAUUGGAUGUUGACCAUCAUCAGUGAAGACAAAGAUGUGUGCUACUUCAUGGACCCUCUUCAGCGAUAUUUCAUGGACUCUCUUCGGCGGAGCAUGCGUGAGGAAGAAUGGAAAUAUGUUGUAAACAAUGGAAUUAGACAGUUCAACAUCCAAACAGGCAGGGGAGUCCGAAAGCCACCCGUAUGGAAAGUACUAACAGGUCCUAAACAACCAUCAAAUAUGGAGUGUGGGUAUUAUGUGAUGAGAUACAUGAAAGAAAUUGUAGAAGAUGAAAACCUUUCCUUUGCAGUAAAGUGGAAUGGGAAGACGUUAAAUGCCUACACACAGACCGAACUUGAUGAGGUACGGUGUGAGUGGACAGAUAUCAUCAGUGACCAUAUGUAGGUGUUUGCUCAUAGCAACCAGCAGGAAAUUAUAUAUCUGCAAGAGUUCAUGCGAUAGAUUUUGUAUAUAUUCUCUUUCAAUGACAGUUCAAUUAAUUUGGAUCUAGGGUUAGGGAGUAACUCCUUAAAUUUACUGUUCUUUCAAGUAUUUGGAUAUGUAAACCCCUCUUACUAUCAAUGGCAAUUUAGUACUUCUCUAGGUGUAGACAAAUUGUACCAAAUUGAUGGGAUGUAGUAAUGUUAUGUUGAUGAUGUUGAUGAUGGAAAUUCUGAGUCUGGUGGUAUUAUUGAAAAAACGCGGGAAGAUAAAUGCAAUCCAAUUUGGCA